AGAAUGACAAGGAAGAUCUUCACCAACACCAGAGAGCGAUGGCGGCAGCAAAAUGUUAACAGUGCCUUUGCCAAGCUGAGGAAACUCAUUCCCACCCACCCGCCAGACAAGAAACUGAGCAAGAACGAGACACUCCGGUUAGCUAUGAGAUACAUCAACUUUCUUGUCAAGGUCCUGGGAGAGCCAGGCUUGCAGCAGACGGCAGUGGCAGCGCGGGGCAGCAUCCUGGGAUUCUUCCAGCAAGCCCCAUGCCUGCAAAACAUGGAGGAGCUGACACUGGUAGAAAACUGUGGAGUGUCCUCUCCUGGCAUGAGUGGCAAUAGAGUAGAGUGUUGGUCAGAGUCAUCAUCUUCCUAG